AUGAACACCCGUAUCAACCUCGAAAGCCUGGGGAGAGUAAAGCUACAUUUGCCCCAGUCCUCAGGAGGGGAGUCGCAGAAGUCAGACAUGCCCUUCGCUGUUUACAAGGUCAAAUUUUCAAGCAGUGAGGCGUGCCUACCGGAGUUGCGCAAGGCUGCCGGUGCGAAAAGCUUCCUUCAGGACAAUCCGCGCCUCAAAAGCAAUAUGGUUCCAUGGUACUCAAGACGAAUCCUAACUCUGGCGGUGUUUUUAUUGCUAUUUAUAAUACUGUCUCUUGUAAUGACUGGUCUGUUUAUCUGGAGAGCUUUUUUCCACGGUUCCAAGAAUAGUGAAGGUAGCACUGUAAAUCCAUCUAUCAGUAUCUCACAGGUAAGCUGCUUAGCUUAUUCCAAAAAAGCGCAUAUAUAUAUUUAAGCAUCAAAGUCCCUUUCCUAAUGGACUCAAAAUCUGAUAUGCAUGAUCUCUUUUCAACGAGUAGGUGAACCAUUGUCUUAUCUUGAAGAAAAAUAUAAUAUUCAAGCAAACAAACCUAGUGAGGUUUAUUGUAUGCAACCUGCUCAUCCCUUAAUACAAUCAUAUGUACUUUGCACCCCAGUACAACGUGUACUACAAGAUUCUUAUGCGCCAUAAAAAUAUUCUUUCGAUCCAUAUUUUUCGCUGAUCUGUGAAAUCCACGCUGUUCUGUGGAUUUGCAAGCAUUAUUAUUACAACUGUCCACGUAUCACUGGUAAUUUACCAAAAAUUGAAACAUGUUGAGUGGGUGGAUUCUGCUGUUCAAGUUAUUUUUUCGUAAUUUAAACGGGGACGACAGGUGGGCAUAGGAUCGAUAGAAUGCUCGAGAGGAUUAAAAGAAUCGUAAUCAUUUCCAGUAUUAAGGGAAACUGAGUGUGACUCUCUAUCUCAUGACACGCCCUUCGGUUUGAAAUUUUUCAGUACUGUCUUGGUUGCCGUUUCUCCUUAAAUCUUCCCAUUUUAAGAAUUUCUAGAAGCAUAUCUAAGCAAAAAAUAAAAUGUAUUUUACUAUAACUGUAUUAUAAAAACAUGCUGUUGACGUAUUAGGACGCAGAGAGUGCAGAUACAGAAACUCCACUUUCAACGGAAAGGGAUUUUAUCUUGCCACAUGACCGUAACAUAGAUGGAGCUUUGAAUGGAAAGAUGUUUUGUUCGCCUUGAAGUCGUCCGCGUAUUUGCGUACCAAUAGUUUUAAUGCGUUUAAAGAGAAUCGUAGCGUGUGUUUUGCAAUUAAAUCUAAUUAAAAAACUAAUCGCCCGUUAUUAAAGAUAGAAACCUUUUUCUCAGGGCAAAAAUGAAUCGAGAAUAAUGCUUGGCUAAAACAAAAAGUGUUUUUUCUUGGUGCGCAUGCAUUUAAAAAAUUAUAACAUGUCCGGUAAAAUAAUUUUGAAGUGAAGUAGGGUGGCAAACUAAAAGAAAAAAAAGGAUCAUUAUUUACACUUAGAAGGCGCGGAUCCUCUUUUUAAAAAGCAAAUUUGCUCGUGAAGACGGAAGCGACGAUUUUAAAUAAGAGUUAAUGGACUCAGCCAACUUAAUAGAAAACUCAUUUCAAAAGCAAAAAGUAAAUAACGUCAUUCUUCAAUUUUGACAAAUUUUAAUUCAAUGAUCCUUUAGAUGUAUUUCGCACAAACUUUUUUUUUGAGAUGAUCAUAUGUAAGGUCAUGUACAAUUUCGUUAUUUUUCAAAACCUCAUUAUACAUUUAAUUCUUGUUUGUUCUGAAAUCAACGCUGUCAAAAUGAUUGAAUUCAAUUGACGUUAAACGUAUUCUCUAAGCGGGUGAUAUACAAACAUAACUUAUGAUAUUGCCCAUUAUUACAAUAUUGCCCGGAAAAUAGAGGGACAUUUGACAAUGGCCUUCGAAAUUAAAGUCUAUAUUUCUUUUGUAAGGCGCUGCUGGAACCCAAUAAAGUGUAAUAAAUUGCUUGCGAAGCAGGUGGAACCAAAACGUUUCAGAGACCGCCACCUUUUCACAGAACUUUAAUACACAGAUGUUAAGCCCUAGAUUCUGUUCUCGAUCGAAUUUAGAAAUCAUUAAAAAUUGCAAGAGUCAACUAAAAUAAACGUAACGGCUAUUAGUCUUCAUCAGUUGGCUAAAGCCAGAAUUAUACAAAAAGGUGCUGAUAAAUUUGUUGUUGGCUGGUUGCAGUAGACUAAACUUUAGUCUAUGAAUUGAAAUUGAAAUUGUUACCUUUAUUUGAAACAUUCGUUUUGUGAAAAUUACAGAAAAAUUGUCUUUACAUGUAAAAGUUAUUGAUCUCUGCCCUCAGGAGGCUUCUGGAAACAUCCAAAACUCAUAAAGGUUUACAGUGUGUUAGUAUAGUGUAAAUAACCUUUUUUAAAGAAAUUUUUGUCGCCGGCGGUGCCCUUAUAAAUCGAUGAUUAGUAGUAAGUAGAUUUGUUUUGAGUUCCGCAGCGAACUAUUGUAUAUAGUGCAAAACAAACCUUACAAAGGUGACAAAAUGAAUAAGUGAAUUUUGAUUGGCCUAAUAAUUGCUUCAAUAAGAAGUUAACGGCGCACCUUUUAAUUUGUAAUUGGAGGGCGUAAAAGAAUAUCGUCCGCAACCGGUCGUUUACGCCAUAACAGGGUUUAAUUACUUUUGCAAAAGUGAGCGCCAAGAAGGCCGCCGACUCGCGGGUACUUAUAAACUCUGGAUCCGCCACUAAUGAAGUCAUUGGGGGUAUUGGGAAGGGGAAGGCAAUGCAGCCAUCUUCUUUGGCUUCGUCUUUUUAUUUCGUUUUUUUUUGUGAAGACAACUUUAAUGAUAUAGUUCAUGUAGGUUACGAUAAUUAAUCAGUGGGCGACUUUUGUUUCAUGAUUUUUGACCGCUUUUGUAAGACCUUUUACGUAACUUAUGUACAUCUGUUUGUAGCUAGCAGUCACAGGAGCACCUCCAGUUUCUGACUGUCCCGUGCGAGCAAAAGCAGUGCCGCUGACCAGCCUUCCAGAGAGGGUCAAAAAUACACUGGCUGAAAUGGACAGAGAAAUGGAAACUAAGAUAAAUGACGAUACGGUGAGAGGAAAAUUAGGGAGAAAAUAAAGAAAAAAAACUCUUACUACUUUUAUUUUAUUUGUACGGUUAACAGAUAUAAUAUUAUCAGGCUGGAAGGACCCUGCAUGAGGUUAAAACAAAAACAAUGUAAUCGUUCUCCGUUAACCACUGAAAGUAAUUAUUGUAAAAACUACGAAAAGAUAGCCCGCCAGAGUCCCAAAUUAUAUGAGAAAGAUGAUUUUCAAUCAGUAACCAUUUCUAAAACGCUUUCGAUUGCACUUCAGAAGCACUUUAACUAACUCCAAUUUCUGCAAUUUCUGCACCCGUGAUCUGAACCCAGUUUUUUAGCCGUUUAGAUUGUUAUUAUACUAACAGUACGGUUUUCAGAGCUGUCGCUAAAUUAUAGUAUUCUUGUAUAUAGGUAUCCAUUUUGGCUAACGUUGUAUACAUGGACAAGAUAAUUUGGCAGCGCUCGUUUGGGAAAAUGAACCGAUCGAAUCCCCAAGCACCACCACUUUCUGGCAGAACAGCGUUUCCCAUAGCGAGUGUUACAAAAGUAUUAACGGUAAGAAAAACCUUCUUUUUUAUGUCGCUCUUGGUAAAAGAGUAAAACAUGAACCCCAUUUUAGUGACCUCGAUUUUGAAAAAAGGAUAAAUUAAUUUAAAAUUAUAGUUUGGCAUUGAAGCGUAAUUAACAGACUUUUUGACCCAUCUUCAUUAUGUUUAUCGGUCCACAAACUUCUCUUCAGCCUUGCUUCUCUUCUCGCUUACCACCAAACACAUUUUCGUCUGGAAAGAAGAAAAAUCACUGUCUGCCGGGGACAACAGAAAAGGAUAACCUCUUACUCGCCCUCUCUAACCUACCCGGAUAUUUCAGGAGAUGGGAUUUUAAAUUCCUUCAUAUCUGAGUCAACAAUCUCUCUUGUUUUUCAUUCACCUUCAGGCACUGAUGCUUUACAAACUUUACCAUGAAAAGAAAGUCAAAACUCUUGAUGAUCCUUUUAAGAAGUACUUGCCAAGCUUUUCCAUCAAGGAUCCCUUCAAAUCACAUGAUAUUACCCUAAGGUAAAUACUUAUGUUCCACCCUACAAGGAGGAUCCGGGGGCAUGUUACCCCUGGUAAUUGUUUUGAGGUUAACUCCCUUAAGUCUCCUUUCCUAGGUCUCCAAGUAAUUCAGACAGGAUAAGGUGGAAAUUUUUUUUUAAAUUAAAUAUAUAUUUGUUUAUGAAAAAUCUGACCACAUUGUCGUAAAAUGGUGUGGAUCCCCGCUUGCUUCUAGUUAAUAAAUUACAAUAAAAAAAAGUCUCCUUUUCGUUUUUUCUUAAAUGUUUAACCUUUUCUUCAGGGAGAUGGUUUCUCAUAUGUCAGGAUUACCACGAGAAGCGCCAUGUUUUCCUGAAGCAGAUGGCCAGGCAGUUUGCAAAUGGAACAACAGCGUUAUGCUAAAGAGAAUACAGAAUCUUUCUCUUAUCCUUGAGCCAGGGAAUAAAGUCAGCUACAGGUAGACGAGAUAUCCUCAUUAUUCUUGUUCUGAUUGAUUGAAAUGACAUUUCGUGGAUGAGCGUUUAACAUACGUGUCCUCUUUACAUUAUAUAAAGUCGAUCAUACCCCGCUUAACGGACACCUCAUUUAUACAGACAGUUUACUUUGUCCUUAUGGAGAAAAUGUAAAGGGUUUCUUUCCACAUUAAACGCCCUUUAUACGAACACCCAUUUUCUAUGGCCCUAUCAGUGUCCGUGUUAAAGGGACUUGACUGUAUUGACAUGUUAACAGUUUUGUAGAAGUCUGCCUCAGCGUGCAUCGCAGUGCGAGACAAAAUAAUACGGAGCACAAUAAUAAUAUGAUAAGGAUAAUACGAUUCAACACAUCCCAUAAGAGAAGCAUCAAAGGAUGUGUUUGAUUAGGAUGAUCCGGAUCAGGAUCAGUAACCUGAGAUCACGCGGAUCAUAUUGUAGCACAUUAAAGGAACCAACAAUUCCACCCAGGGAAAGGAUUCAGCCGUUCAUUUGAUAUACCACGAUCCGGGUGAUCUCGGAUCAUUGAUCCUGAUCAGGAUCAUCCCAAAGAAACACACUCAAAGCCAAGGGACACACUCGAUCCCAGCCAUAUCCCUUAAACAUGCGCACAGCCCUCUUGGAUAAUUGCAGCAAUGGACAGUUGAUUUAUUCUUGUUAGGAAUAGUCCGUGCAAACCUGGACACAAGUGGAGACGUCCCGUAGUAUAACCAAUGACUGCAUGACUGACCUAUUCAGUGCCCAUAAGUCCGGUCCGCAACAACGGAUCAUGCCGCGAAACAGAAAGACUCUUUAAUUUUGGCAGUGUCAUUUUCAUCUGCUUGUUCUUUACAUUCCGAUGUCUACUGCGCGCUGACUUCCGUUAGCACAUGUUUAGUAACUUUAAGGUAGCUCACAAACGAACGCGUUCUAAAAUUAUAGCAACUAUUCAUGAAGAAAUGACAGGAGAUUGGAUCAGAGGCAUUAUGAUCGUUCACUGUGGUAAACCCAUCCCCUCCGAUAUAUAUAGAUCAAAGUCUGCAAAGUUUCAGCUCUGUAUUACGGCUUUUCCAUCAAAGGGACCAUGCCAUAUUUGUUCUUUGUUGUUGACUUUUUCUAAAUCCGGACGCCGAAAUAAUGCUAAAUCUGCUUUUCAAUACACUGUUAACAAUAACACCAUAUAAUACGCAAAAAAGAAGAAGAAGAAAAGAAAGAACAACGUAUGGACCUUUAAGACGAUAUGCGCGGUUGGUCACCGACUGACAGGGCUUAACUUGAGUGCCGUUACCAAACCAAGUUUUGCGAGGGUUAUUGAGAGAUACGUAUUUCUAGUACUGAACUACUUUGUUCCACAUGUUAAAGUAAUUUAGGUUUUGGGCUGCUUGGUCAAGGCCUCGCUUUGUCACAAAACUCAUCCUACGAGGACUGGAUACAGGAAAACAUUUUUGAACCGCUAGGAAUGCAAGAUUCAGGAUUCAGGUUAACUCCAGAGUAAGUGGCACUAUGUUUUUUUGGUCUAUUUUAGUUUCAUAGCUUUAACCCUUAGGCGAAGUUGCUGUCACCAUUGGCCUGGACACACUUGUUUUUUUAUUUCGCCCCACGUAGGGUUAUCGAAGACUGUUUUGGAUUCUGGAUUCCAAGCUUUGGCUUCCGGAUUCCAAAUACUGUCGGUGCUGAGUUCAGGAUUCCUUAUAGUGGAACUCACUAGAUUCCGGAUUCCCGUCGUUAGCCCAGAAUUCCACUGGAUUUCACAAGCAAAAAAUUUUCCGGAUUCUAGAAACCGGGUGAUAGUACAUGGGGGGUUUAUCGUAUGUUUUAGGACUUCCUGACAUCACUUAUUUAACUGAUCAACUGCGUCAAAAACUCGUGAAUAAACAAUCUAAAACUGCGAUAUUCCAUAAGAUACACUGUUAAAAGCCAAGUUUUUUCCAGCUUUUCCCUUGCAAUUUACUAACUAAAGGAGAGUGAAGUCGUGUGAACGAGGUCAAAAAAUUAAAAGUUGAAGGCCUAAAUCGGCCAAUCGGUUAAUCGGUCAGGUUUCAACAGGCCUAGCCUAUUCUGCAAGACGUUUUGCUUCAGCUGCAGACCUUACAUCUAAUAAACUUUUAAGGGAAAAACAUUUAACUUCACGUUUGCCUUCAGGAUGAGACAGAAGAUUCCCGUGGGAUAUCUCAAGAAGCUUCCGCUGGAGCCGGUUGAAUGGGGCUGGGCGAGCCCUGCUGGGGGUAUGUUUACUUCCAUAGAGGAUAUAGCAAAGGUAAAGUUACUUCCUCUUUGUUUCCAGUCGCGUCUUGUUAGUAAUGAACCUGCACUUCGUACUGUCAAUAAGUAGACGAGGACGACUACAAGAAUAAGAAUUUUUCAAUACUAAGUAGUGUGCGCGAGAGCAAGCGUCAUUUUGGCGGGAAAACAAAAUUCUACCUCGAGCUUUAGCGAAAAUGUCGAAAUGGUGACAGAACCAAGCCGUUUCAAAUGAUAGAAGUUUUAUCAUUUUGCGAUUGGGAGACGGCUUAACCUCCUGCAAUAAAAACGCAUAUGUAAAAUGAAGCCACUCAGUGUUCUGUGGUGAAAUCUCAUCCCCUUAGUCGUUCUUGUUCCCGGAGCCUUGUCCUCGAGUCCAAAGGUCUCUAAUAAAAGUUGAUUGAAAACGAUCAGUAACCACUCUUGAAAAUAGAUAUGUUGCAUUCUAAGUGUGAAGUUCAGAGAGUUCAGAGAGGUCGCGGGAAUUUGAAUUCCAGUACAGGCUCUUUUAAAAAUUUGUUGAUCCUAGCUUUUUAGGGUUACCACAGAAAAAUCUUUUUCAGAAAAUCAAUUUUAUCAAGAUUUCCUUAUUAUCGUGCCACCAACAAAGUUCUAUUUUCAAUGAUCAGUCAUCUUUUUUGUUUUCCUAUCCAGCUGGAGAUAAAACUUUUCAAUUCAACAGACGAAGAUGAUUUCUUCUCCCCAGUAAUCACCCAGGAAUUUUUCUCACCAGGUAAAAUAAUUCCUUUUAUUAGAGUUUUUGGGUAGUUCACGUCAAACCAAAUGGACCAAUCAGAUCUCGGAAUAAACAUCAUUCUGAAACUUGUGUCAAGCGCGGGAAAUAUGUAAGCUUGAGCGUGUAGCUGUUUUUUGUGGUUUUAGAUUUCUGGCGUGCGCCUUAUGCAGGGUUUCCGUGUUUUGUAAAAUCCUACUUUAUUUAAAAGUCAAUGUAUUUAGCACGAGAGUACUAGGGCAGUGCGUUUAAAUCUCUACUGGAAUCUCUACUGGAAGCUCCACUGCCAUUUUACUUCCAGGACAAAGGUAGCACCUCCAUUUAUUAAUUAUAACACUUAUUUCUCAUUCUAAGACCCUGAGUAUUGAUCCUGCCCUGGGGAUUGAGCCCGAAACAUCUCGCUGUGUUGACGCUCCGAUCCCCCAACUGACCAUGAGCCUAACCAUGUCGCGGUCAAGGUUUUUAAACAUUAUAAUAAUUAUUUAUCAUGUUUAUAGUCUUAAUGAUUUUCAUAAAUUCAACUUCAUAACAUUUCAAGCGUUUUCUCCUUGUAGCUUACAUCUUGGAUGGUAAGCAGUUUAUGGGAUCUCCUUGGGAAAUGUACCUCCUGAAUGAUUAUCUUGCAAGAGUAAAAAGCGGCUACGUGUACGGAUACUCAUCCAAAGUUUUUCUUUUUCCUGAUCUUAAACUUGGUAGGUUGAAUUGUCCCACACUUCGAGUUUUAUACAAGAGCAGACCUCGCUAUUAACAUUCUUAGCGGGCAUUUCACAGGAAUAAGAGCUUCAAAAGGCAGCUUCCGGGGCGGAUCCAGGAUUUUUUGUAGAAGGGGGUGCAACACUAUCAAAAGGAACUAACAUUUUAACUAUCAAGAAUAUAUGCCUGUUUUUGAGCCAGAUAAUAGGGAUCUGUUGUCAUAUACCGUCUUUAUUCGUGUAAAAGCCACCCUCGAUUAAACGUCGCAGAUGGAAGCAAAAUUAUCAAUAAACGCCUCACCUGAUUAAAAGAAUGCGGCGUCUAUUCGAGGAUACUGAUAAAAAAACUCGGUACAACUUGGUAAUCUACACCAUCCAGACAGUUACGACUCUAUCUCAGCAAAAUAAGAGAGACAUUGGAACCUUUAAAGUACAUAACAUUUUAAAAAACGAUUUACAGUAACUUGUCAUUGAUUUAAGAAGUAAAAAGUGAUUUCGAAACAAACGCCGCCCUUAUAUCAACGCCGCAUCGGAAACGUUGAAAAUGUAGUAAUCGUCGCAACGUUUAACCGAAUAAAUACGGUAUGACUGCGAUAAGCUUCUCUUGAUUUGGGUUUGAAGUAAUGAUAUUACUGAUUCACUUUCGCAUGAAAUAUAACUUCCGGAGUUGUUGAACGAGUUACUUCUUUCAGGGCUUCUAAGUAAAAAUUAAAAUACACCCUGCGCUCAGCUAUCAUACCGCCAUACGACAAUUUUGUUUUAGAUUAAGAUUGCUCGCUUGAUUGUUUGCUUUCAUUUUUCAGCGUUUAACGUUUUCAACACAGGGAGUAUUAAAAGCUGUCGACCCAUGGCAAGCAGACUUGUUAAAUCAUUUCACGAUGAACUGACAGCAAGGGAUAUUGAGGUAAUGAGCCUUCAGCGUCUAGCACAUUAAAAAAAAUUUAGUCAUUAAGGCGGCUUUGUUGACACUAUACCGAAUAGCUUUUGCGCCCCACGAAAACCAUUACGGAUAGGGUUUUGUUUACGCACAGGAACGGUUGUGGCGGCGCGAUUUCUGUGACAGAGCGAAGCUGCGUCGCGCCGAUCUCUAAAGGGGCCGCCGAGUCACAUAUCGGAUCAUAAGUGUUCACACUAAAGCGGAUAGCUUUUGGUGGCUCCACAAAAAGCUAUCUGGUAUCAGUGUGAACAUAACCUACGUUACUGACUCAAGAAACUAAUGUGUCGUUUAAAAUACUGAUUCGCAAUGAUAGGGUAUGUUUUUGAGGCACUUAGCCCAUAAAUACAGCGUCUUUUUUGGUUCCUUUUGGGUUCGUAUAAACAGAACUUUGUAUUUUGUUAAUCGCAGAUAUUAAAACCCUUGAAAACUUUCGGAACACACCUGAAAGCCAAGGUAAUCUCCCUUCCUUCGCAGCACAAAGGUUUUCUGUCAAGAGUGUCAGCCUCUCUAUGGGUUCCUUCGGACGUCGUUUUGGUAGCGCCUUUUCCAUCAAAUCGUUAGUUUUUUCUGGUUUUUCAAAUAAUAUAAGUUGUCGCAUAUCAAGAUUACUUUGCGUGGUAACGCUUUUAGCGACACCACAACGUCGAAGGAAACAAAAAAAAAUUGAGCAAACUUAACAAAAACUCUGAACGUGCCAGAUUUCUUGCAUUCAUAGCACGACGAACGUUGCACAUAUUAUGUUAAUCUUGGACGGAAUAUCAGUGAGAUCGUCGCUUCAAUCUCUAAUUCAGUCAACAAUAGCGAUCGUCGCGACUUCGAUUCCGUCGGAAAUACCCAUAAAGAGGCUCAAGAUCGGAGUUCUCUGCCCCAACUUCCCCGGGGUUGUUGCAUCCGCGUGCAGUAACUAACCUAUGGUACGCUGUGUCAUUUCAUUUCUAGCGACAUCCAACGGUUUCACUAGACGAGGCUGCGCCGUAUUUGGGUGAAUUUUAUACGAACGACGUGCCGACCAUUUGGCGAGUGUUCAUUACUCACGAAAACAACAAGCUGUUGUUUAAAGUGGAUAAUCACACCUUUUACCUUAAUCAUAUUCGUGGGACGACCUUUGAACUUAUUGACCGGAGAAAGGUUCAGUGCAUUCAGAUAGUAGUUUUGGGAGUCAACCAUGAGAAAGUGUACUUUGACCCGCCAGACAACUCCACUAACUUCAUCUCACCAGGCUUAAUCAAGAAUAUAUGCCUGUUUUUGAGCCAGAUAAUAGGGAUCUGUUGUCAUAUACCGUCUUUAUUCGUGUAAAAGCCACCCUCGAUUAAACGUCGCAGAUGGAAGCAAAAUUAUCAAUAAACGCCUCACCUAAUUAAAAGAAUGCGGCGUCUAUUCGAGGAUACUGAUAAAAAAAACUCGGUACAACUUGGUAAUCUACACCAUCCAGACAGUUACCACUCUAUCUCAGCAAAAUAAGGGAGACAUUGGAACCUUUAAAGUACAUAACAUUUUAAAAAACGAUUUACAGUAACUGUUGUCAUUGAUUUAAGAAAUAAAAAGUGAUUUCGAAGCAAACGCCGCCCUUAUAUCAACGCCACAUAGGAAACGCUGAAAAUAUAAUAAACGUCACGGCGUUUAAUCGAAUAAACACAGUAUGACUGCGAUAAGCUUCUCUUGAUUUGAGUUUGAAGUAAUAACCUAUUCACUUUCGCAUGAAAUAUAACCUCCAGAGCCUGUUGAACGAGUUAUUUCUUUCAGGGCUUCUAAGUAAAAAUUAAAAUACACCCUGCGCUCAGCUAUCAUACUGCCAUAAGACAAUUUUGUUUCAGAUUAAGAUUGCCUGCUUGAUUGUUUGCUUUCAUUUUUCAGCGUUUAACGUUUUCAACACAGGGAGUAUUAAAAGCUGUUGUCUACCCAUGGCAAGCAGACUUGUUAAAUCAUUUCACGAUGAACUUAUAGCAAGGGAUAUUGAGGUAACGAGCCUUCAGCGUCUAGCACAUUAAAAAAAAUAUCGUCAUUAAGGCGGCUGUGUUGACACUAUACCGAAUAGCUUUUGCGCCCCACGAAAACCAUUACGGAUAGGGUUCUGUUUACACACAAGAACGGUUGUGGAGGCGCGAUUUCUGUGACAGAGCGAAGCUGCGCCGCGCUGAUCUCUAAAGGGGCCGCCGAGUCACAUAUCGGAUCAUUGGUGAUCACACUACAGCGGAUGGCUUUUGGUGGCGCCACAAAAAACUAUCUGGUAUCAGUGUGAACAUAACCUAAGUUACUGACUCAAGAAACUAAUGUGUCGUUUAAAAUACUGAUUCGCAAUGAUAGGGUAUGUUUUUGAGGUACUUAGCCCAUAAAUAUGGUGUCCUUUUUGGUUGCUUUUGGGUUCCUUUAAACAGAACUUUGUAUUUUGUUAAUCGCAGCUAUUAAACCCUUGAAAACUUUUGGAACACACCUGAAAGCCAAGGUAACCUUCCUUCCUUCGCAGCACAAAGGUUUUCUGUCAAGAGGGUCAGCCUCUCUAUGGGUUCCUUCAGACGUCGUUUUGGUAGCGAGUUUUCCAUCAAAUCGUUAGUUUUUUCUGGUUUUUCAAAUAAAUUGUCGCAUAUCAAGAUUGGUUGGCGUGGUAACGCUUUUAGCGACACCACAACGACAAAGGAAACGAAAAAAAAAGAAUUAAGCAAAGUUAACAAAAACUCUGAACUGCAGCACCCUUUUUGCCAGAUUUUUUGCAUUCAUAAGACGACUAACGUUGUCAAUCAAGUUGAACGGAAUAGCAAUGCAAUCGUCGCUUCAAUCUCUAAUUCAGUCACCAACAGCGAUCGUCGCGACUUCGAUUCCGUCGGAAAUACCCAUAAAGAGGCUCAAGAUCGGAGUUCUCUGCCCUAACUUCCCCGGGGUUGAUGCAUCCGCAUGCAGUAACUAACCUAUGGUACGCUGUGUCAUUUCAUUUCUAGCGACAUCCAACGGUUUCACUAGACGAGGCUGCGCCAUAUUUGGGUGAAUUUUACACGAACGACGUGCCGACCAUUUGGCGAGUGUUCAUUACUCACGAAAACAACAAGCUGUUGUUUAAAGUGGAUAAUCACACCUUUUACCUUAAUCAUAUCCGUGGGACGACCUUUGAACUUAUUGACCGGAGAAAGGUUGAAUGCAUUCAGAUAGUAGUUUUGGGAGUCAACCAUGAGAAAGUGUACUUUGACCCGCCAGACAACGCCACUAACUUCAUCUCACCAGGCUUUACUGUAUUUGGAUUUAGUUUACGAGGAAAAGCAAGGUUUCACAGGAAAAACAAUAUCAUAAACUAA